UUUAACUCAAGUGCUAAAAGCAAUCCCUUUUAUUUACUCCUUGCCCUAAAUUUUCGAUACCCAAUUUCCCUUACUUUUUACCCCAUAUUUUCAAUCGCCAGUUCGCCCUUUAUGUAACCCACCCUACACCUUUCUGUUUUCGAAUCCAGCUGCCACAAUAUGGAAUCGGAUGGUGUGAGCAACGUGUCGGACACUGCAAGCGACGACUCGGGCAACCAGUCGGACUGUGCAAGCAAUCAACCCGAUCACGGCAUCGCUGAAACUUCACUAAUGCAUCUCUCAAGUGAUAGUGCAUUCAUGUGUUUAGCGAUGAUGCAGUUGCAACUGUUAUUCGAUGAUGAGUUUGACGAAAUGUGUUUAGAUUUUAUGAAACUGUUAUCACAAGAUGAGAAAGACGAAGAGGGGUCAAGUUCUAGCCGUCAGGAACGGAAACGCAAGUUUAUAGAUAUGGGUCGUAAAGAUGGAGACAUACGUCUUUGGAAUGACUAUUUUGGUCCGGAUCCGAAUUUUGACGGUGAUUCGUUUAGACAACGGUUUCGGAUGAGCAGACAACUGUUCAAUCGAAUUUUUGAAGGUAUUUCAAACCAUUCUGCGUACUUUAAACAAAGAUAUGAUGGGUUGGAUAAAAAAGGUGUUUCCCCGUUACAAAAAUGCAUAUGUGCUAUACGUCAGUUGGCAUCUGGCACGUUAGGUGAUCAAAUCGAUGAAUACAUACGAAUUGGUGAAAGGACUGCAAAUGAUUGUCUACAAAAUUUUUGUAGAAGUGUUAUUGAAGUUUUUUCAGAACAAUAUUUAAGAAAGCCAAACCCUAGUGAUAUCAAACGGUUACUAGAAAGACAUUUGACCAAACACGGGUUUCCUGGAAUGUUGGGAAGCAUUGGUUGUAUGCAUUGUACUUGGAAAAAUUACACAGGCCAUACACAAGGCGAACAUGGAUAUCCAACAAUUAUGCUAGAGGUAGUUGCAUCACAAGAUCUUUGGAUUUGGCAUUCUUAUUUCGGCAUAAAGGGAUGUGACAAUGAUACUAACGUGUUAAAUCAAUCGAUAGUAUUCAAUUAUGUUUUACAUGGUAGCGUGCCUUUAUAUCAUUUUACAGCAAAUGGUAAAGAAUACACACGAGCAUACUACCUUGCAGAUAACGUAUAUCCUGAAUGUGCUACACUAGUAAAAAGUUUUACGCAUCCACAAGACCCAAAGAGUAUAAAGUUCGCACAAAAACAUGAGUCUGCAAGAAAGGAUGUUGAUAGAGCUUUCGAAGUACUCCAAGCUCGAUGGGCAAUUGUACGAGGUUCAGCAAAAGUUUGGAGUGUGAAAGUAAUAAGCGAUAUAAUGCUUGCAUGCAUUAUAAUACAUAAUAUGAUUGUAGAGGAUGAAGGACCUUCCAUAAUAGAUUGGUCGAGUGGUGAUGAUGAUGGCGACGAGGAUGAUGAGGAAGAUGAAGAUCCACCAAAUUAUGUACGGGGAGCCACAAUUGAAUUUGAACAUUACCUUAAAAGGUUUGAUGAUCUACGCGAUAAGUCAAUUUAUCAUCAACUUCAACAUGAUUUGGUGGAACAUGUUUGGAAUCUUGAAGGGUGAUUGUAUUUAUGUUUUGUAGUAGUUAAAUCUAUGUAAUGUUUAGUUGUGUUUUUAUCAAGUUUAUAGUUUUAAUUUUUAA